CAGACAGAGACACAAAAGAGAAGAAAGAAGAAGAAGAAGAAGAGGAGAGAGAGAGAGAGAGAGAGAGAACCCUUCAUCUCCCACCUCCAAACCUUCCCUUUUCUGCCAACUCUCGUGUUGUCUUUCAUCCACUUCCAUUCAUUUGUUUUCUCUUCCAAAUAUUGUUUUUCAUUUGAAUUAAGUUUUUUUUUUUUCAAUCUUUGUUGUCUUCAAUCUGUACUUAGAGAGAGGAAGAGAGAUUGUUGCAGAACUUAACUACGUGAAUGAUAUCUGGGUUUUACCCAAAUUUCAUGAAAACUCAGGAUUUUAUUUUAGAAGUCAGAAAAUGAUGGCUGAACACAGUGUAGCAGCAGAAGAAGAUCAGUUUUUUGAUACUUGUGAUGAGAUCACUUCUGUUUCUGAUUUGGGUUCAGAUUGGUCUGGCCAUUGUUGUUCUUGUUCCGAGCUUCCCAAUUGUGUUGUGAAUAGUUUAGGGUAUGAGUUUUGGACGAAGACUCCUGAAAGUGCUGAUCAGCGUCGCAAUAGGUUUUUCAAAUGGAUGGGUUUAAGUUUAGAUCAAAAUCAGAUUGAAAAAGAGGAAUCAAGGGAUUUAUUGUGUGAUGAAAUCAAAAUGGGGAUUGAGAGAAUUAACGAGGACAGUGGGGCAGUGCUGAGAAAUUCACAUUUGGAAGAUUGUUUUGUGUCUACUUCUUCCUGUGUCUCUUCUUGUUCAACAGAAUUGUUAGGAGACGAUGCUUCUGAGGAGAAUUUUGUGUAUAAAAUUAAGAAUUUGGAUGAUGGGACAGAGUUUGUUGUUGAUGGAGUUGGAAACAAUGGAAUGCUCAGCAGAUUACGUGAAGUGGGUUCGAAUAGGUUGGUUACUAUUGAAGAGUUUCAGAGAACUUUUGGUUCAUCUGCUUUGGUUCAGCGGUUGUUGCGCAGGGAAGCUGAGGCAGGUAACUUGGUGGAUGUGAAGAACAAAUGGAAGAUUGGUUGGCUUAGGAAAUUUAGUAAAACACAUACUGUAGCUAGUGGUUUCAACUCAGGAAUGGGGGCUAGGUUUCAAAGAGUUCGAGUCCAUUCAUAUAAUAAGAGAUCGAAGGGAUUGUCAUCUCUCUAUGCUGGGCAAGAAUUUCGUGCACAUGAGGGCUCAGUCUCGACGAUGAAGUUCAGUCCUGAUGGUCAAUACUUGGCGAGUGCUGGUGAAGAUGGCAUUGUGCGUGUGUGGAAGGUGAUUGAGGAUGAGAAACCAAAGAAAUUAGCCGCUCUUGAUGUGAAUAAAGACAAAAUGGGUAAGAUAAAAAGGUUGAGAAAAUCACCAGUAUCGGCUUGUGUUAUUUUCCCAUCGAAGGUCUUUGGGAUUAUGGAGGAACCUCUCCAUGAGUUCCAUGGACACAGUGGUGAGGUCUUGGCUCUUUCGUGGUCCAAUAACGGGUGUCUGUUGUCAUCCUCGGUUGAUAAAACAGUUCGCCUAUGGCAAGUAGGACACAACCAAUGCCUCAGAGUUUUCUCUCAUAAUAACUAUGUGACCUGUGUAGAAUUCAAUCCUGUGGAUGACAAUUGUUUCAUCAGUGGUUCAAUAGAUGGGAAAGUGCGCAUUUGGGAAGUGCAUGGUUGUCGAGUUGUUGAUUGGAUUGACAUAAGAGAAAUAGUAACUGCUGUAUGCUAUUAUCCUAGUGGGAAGGGAGGAAUUGUGGGCUCAAUGGAUGGAAGCUGCCGGUUUUAUGAUAUCAUAGAUAAUCAGUUGCAACUGGAUGCUCAAAUAUGUUUACAAGGGAAAAAGAAGCUACCCUGCAAGAGGAUAAUUUCCUUUCAGUUUUCCCCAAGUGAUCCGAGCAAAGUUCUUGUCACUUCUGCCGAUUCCCAAGUUCGAGUACUUUGUGGGGUUAAUGUCAUCUUCAAAUUCAAGGGCCCUCGAGUUUCAGGAAAUCGAGUGACUGCAUCUUUUACUGCGGAUGGAAAACACAUUGUCUCAGCAAACGAGAAUUCUAAUGUGUAUAUAUGGGACUAUAUUAGCCAGGACAGGACUUCUUCGAAAGCAAAGACCAUUCGGUCAUGUGAGAAUUUCGUUUCUCACAAAACAUCAAUUGCUAUACCUUGGUGUGGCACGAAAACCAUGUCUGGAUCACUUUCAAGCCCAUCUAUGGGAAAUCAUCUCGCAGACUCUUCUAAUGACUGUUUUUCUUUGAGCCGUGGGCUUCUUCUAGAGUCUUUGCCAAAGGGAUCCGCGACUUGGCCAGAAGAGAAACUACCCAAUUCAAGUCCAAUGUGUAAAUCAAAAUACAAUUUUUUGAAGAGUGCUUACCAGAACACAUACAGUUCUUGUAUGUGGGGACUUGUGAUUGUAACUGCGGGCUCUGAUGGGUGGAUUAGAACAUACCACAAUUAUGGGUUGCCCAUUCGCCUAUGAAAUUGAUGAUCCAAAGGUUUCAUCAGACAGGUUAUUCCAUUUUUGGGCAUUUUAGGUGUAGCAGCAACUGGCAUUGCUGGUAAAAAAAGGUUAGUUCAGUAGAUAUCUCAGCAUGUGAAGUGUAUUGUAGAUGGUGUACAUAGAUUUUUGGAAAAAAAAAAAAAGGUGUCCUAUAAUCAAAUUAGGCUGUGCCAACAAAUGGGCUUGAAAUUCAUUUUGUAAUGGAUAUCAAUAUUCAGAUUAUUAUUGAAGCAUUCUUUUGAUUUGUUCA